GUAGCGACGGUUUCCUCCAGCUUUGAAGAUCCACCUCGCUGUUCCUCCACAUCCAGCUUCUUCUGUACUUCUCUAAAGAUCUGAUUAAACACGAUGUUUAAUCACAGCCAAAACCGUAUUUUAUUUACUUCUGUUCUCCUCUUCAUCUGUUUAGGAGCAGCUGCCUGCAUGAACGUCUCUAUCGUAGGAGGUCGCGAGGUGAAGAAGGUGAAGCCGUGGAUGGUUUCCAUCCAAAACCAGGCUCAUCAUAUCUGUGGGGGAACUCUGAUUCACCAGCAGUGGGUUCUGACUGCUGCACACUGUAAAGAGGGAUUAAAGUCUUACCAGUCAGUGACGGUCCUGCUGGGUGCUCUGUCUCUGACAAACAGCAAAAACACUCAGCGAAUCGGAGUCCUCGAGUACCACACCCCAAAAACAUUCAACUGGGACACCAAGGCAGAUGACAUCAUGAUGUUGAAGCUCAAAUCAAAGGUCAAGCUUAAUAAAAAGACUGUUGAUGUGAAGACGAUCCCUAAAUCACAGCAGAAGAUUCCAGAUGGCACCAAAUGUGAAGUGAUGGGAUGGGGAAGCACUGUGGCCAAUGCAGCCGUUCGGAAAGCGAGUGAUGUACUGCGAGAGGUGGAGGUCACGGUGUUGAACAGGGAACUGUGCGGCUGCUACUACAACAGCAAUCCAGUCAUCACAGAGGACAUGCUGUGUGCAGGAAACAAGCAGCAGAACAGAGAUGCAUGCCAGGGGGAUUCUGGAAGUCCUCUGGAAUGCAAGAAAAGCCUCGUGGGUUUGGUUUCAGGUGGAACUGGAUGCGGGAAUCCCAAGAAACCUGGAGUCUACACGUUCCUUUCCAAGAAACAUCUUCUGUGGAUCAAAAGUGUGCUGAAAAAGCACUGGAACAGCACAACUCUGUAACUGUAAAAUAUGACAUCUUUAAUACGAACCUGCAGGUCAUGGUGAGAUAAGUAUAGUGAAUAUAAUACACAGUAUGAAGCUGCAGUGCUUAUAUGUUACAGUUUAUUAUCUUUACAUACUGUACAGGUGGUCUAUUCUAGAAUCGUGGGUACAUUUUAAGAUUUGAUGCAUCAGUUAGCCAUUUAAACC